UUGUCGUCAUUUAUUGCUAUUAACCCUAUAGUUAAGGCUACCGCUGGACCAUCCUCAACAUCAUCCUUGGCCCUUUUUUCAAGGAGAAAAAGGGACCAGGGAGGUUCUCGGGGAUGCGAGCGCGGUAGCUCUAAUAUAGUAUAAGAAAGUUGUAUUGUGAAGUUUUGAAGGAUUUCCCUGACUGUGUGCAUGACCUGCGUGCAUUUCUCUUUUCGCAAGAAUAUCUUGGGCCAACGAACUCUGGUGCUAAGCAGGACACGAAAGUGUGUAAUUCGAAUAGUAAUCCUAUCUUUCGACCACCAUCUUUCUUGCUUUCUUGCAUGAUCACGACAACAUUCUUAUUUGUACCAACGUCAUAAUUUGCACCAUCACAACUCCGCGACCAUUCCGAAAACCACAAUCUUUUAAUUGUGACUGGGUAUAAUAUCAUCACCUUUUCUUCUUACAGAAGCAACAAAAACUAGAAAAAAUGUUUUUUGGUGGUUUUCCUGGUAUGCCUGGGGGCUUCCCUGGUGGGGAUGACUUCCCGGGUAUGGGGGGAGGCAAAGGCCGAGGCAAGGGCAAGGAAGUCGACACCGAAGGGUUCUACAAACUGCUUGAAGUCGAAAAAACCGCUUCCGGUGCGGAAAUCAAGAAGGCAUACCGCAAACUCGCGAUUAAGCAUCACCCGGAUAAGGGUAUAGGACUUUCUGAUCAUCUAGAGAAGGAUAAUAGGACUUUCUGAUCAUCUGGAAGUGUGAUGGUCUUGGGUCUUAAAUAUCUGGAAGGAUAAGGUCUUUCUGAUCAUCUAGAGAAGGAUAAGGGUACUCCAUCGAUCUAGAGAAGGAUAAGGACUUUCUGAUCAUCUGGUAUUUUCUACUCUGAUAUCUAGAGAAGGGUAAGGACUUUCUGAUCAUUUUUAUAGCUCCACUAGUAUAACAACAAUUCACUCAAGGUGGUGACCCGGAGCAGUUCAAGAGCAUCACGAAGGCGUACGAGGUAUUGUCCGAUGAGAACAAGAGAAAACUGUACGACCAAUAUGGUGAAGAGGGUGUGGAGUCUGGUGGGGGCGGCGGCGACCCGACCGACAUUUUCGAUAUGGUCUUCGGUGGAGGUAGAGGAAGAAAAGGUGGCAAUGGUGGAAGCCAGAAGAAGAAAGGUAUAAUGCAGACGCCUGUGGUGUUUCUUGUGAAGAUCGCGAUGAUUCUGGGAUUUUAAAUCACAGGAAUGGAGUUGUUCACUUUGUCUGGUGUUUAAGUUUUUUCGCAAGACUCCUGUAAUUUAUUUUGGUAAUUUCAAAUUUGUAAUAGUAUUUUCUCUCCAACCACCUAAACGCGAUAAUGCAAACUUCCUUCACAGGUAAAGACGUCACUCACGCGAUGGACGUGACACUGGAACAAAUGUACGUCGGUUAUACCAAGAAGCUCGCAGUGAACAGGACGGUCAUCGACGAAAAGCAUGGGGUAGAAAUUUGGACCAAAAACAUAAAUUGUGGUCGAUAUUAGUUCCUGCUGAAGUGAAAGAAGAUGCGCUUCCUUAUUGUUACCGCAGAUUGAAAGUAAGAGUCUACUUCUCGACUAUUGUACUAGUUUCUCUUCAUCCCUAAAACGGCGUCCCUGAAAAUCCCUUUCGCCUAUAGGUAAAGGAGUGCGAUGCAUGCGACGGUAGGGGUGUGGUAGUGCAGGUAGUGCGAAUGGGAAACAUGAUUCAGCAGAUCCAGCAGCAAUGUUCCAAAUGCAAUGGCAUGGGAAAAUCGUACAAGACAAAAAAGGAAAAAGAAGUUUUGGAGGUGUACGUGGAAAGAGGAGCACCAGACUCACACAAAGUCGUCUUCUACAACAAAGCAGAUGAGCAGCCAGGUACUGCUCUGUUACUAGAACAUUAGAAUAACUUGAUUUGACUUGUUGGAAUUUGUUGCGAUACUUGAUGAUACACAUCACGAAUUCGCGUCAAGUAUUCGGAUAACCGUCUUUCACAUCUCAGAGGAUCUAUUAAGCACUAUUGAAUAGACUUGAUACUAUUUUUCUAGCUCAAGUAGUGAACACGUCAAGCUCAAGCGAAGCCCAAUUACUCACUGCUGAUGAAUCUUCGAGAUGUAGAUAGGGAAAUCUUAGUAGGCUAAUCAAGGUCCUGGGUUGGACCCUGCUUAGCUGCUGUGAUGACCCAUAACCAUUUAGAUAGUAGAUUCUGAAGUUGGGUAUCAAUGGGCUUUGCUCGAGCUUAAUACAAUUACCUGGGCCUGAAACGAAUCCAGAUUCUGUUUCCAUUUCUGUCUCAAGGAUAAUUUCAUCGCUAUAAUUAAUUUCUAAUGGUGGAGCAAAUUACCACCUGCUCUUACGCUUACCACCCGUUAGUUUCCCAUGUUUCCACCAUAAUUACUAAUAUUAGGUUGACCAUAAUUACUGGACGAUGGGAAAUUGACAGAGUUGUACAUCAAACCGAAUCCACAAAUCACUAAUAUGUUUAUUAAGGCCCAAUGAAUGAAUGAAUGAAUGAAUAUUGAAUACAAUACACAAUACUAGGUUACGACGCUGGCGAUGUUCAGUUUGUUUUGCAAGAGAAGGAACACCCGGAAUUCAAGAGGAACAAGGCGGACUUGACGAUCCACAGACAGAUCACGCUGUUGGAGGCCUUAACGGGCUUCUCCAUGGAAUUGACCCAUUUGGACGGCAGAAAGCUGCUCAUAAAAAGCGCACCAGGAGAGGUCCUCGCGCCACCGAAGAACGAAAGCGCAGAGUGGCUUGUUUUUGACGACACGGAUGCGGCAGGAACGGAUGUUGCGACGUGCACAUAUUCCGACGCAAAUAAGCUGAAGGAGGUACUACACUGCCUGCUUCUUCAUCAGGAACAUGAUGACCUUGAAUUCAUCUAACUAGUUUUUUGUAGUAUUAACUUGUUUCUCUAAACAUCAAACAGGUCUGUCUCGCCAAGAAUUUCAACGGUUUUGUGUUGGAUACAGCGACAAACAAGGCUAUCUUCCGAGACCUCACGCGAGAUGAGAUGCUCUCAAAGAAGAAGAAGAAGUCAGGUACUUUGAAGAAUUUUGACAUUCUAUUGUUGAUGUUCCUAGAAAAAGUAGCACGUUGACGAGUCUCAGCACACCCGCUUCCAACCGAACAAAACUAACCUCGCACCAAAAUGCUGCUAGGUACCAAGCUUUUCGUUAUUCCUGAUCCGGAGGUCGCAGCAGGCAAUCGUAUGAGAAAGUGCGUCAAGGGAGAGGGUAUGCCCGUUUUCAAGAACCCUAUGAUGAAAGGAAAUCUCUUCAUCGAAUUCGAAAUCAUCUUCCCCAAGACCAUCAGCGAGGAUGCGGCUAAGGUACUUUCACGUCCAAUCAGCUUGGUGAAUGCACGAUAUUGCCAUCUAUUCCUGCGUGUAUCAGACCAUACAUCACGAUCAUGACCACUGAAACAUCAAAUUUUUUUUUUUUAAAAAUGACGAUGACCACCACAGACUCUGCGCACGCUCCUGCCCGGUCCAGACCCGAUGCAGGUCCCGGAUGAGGACGCCGACGACCAUAUAGAAACGCACUUUUUGACCGAGGCAGACCCGCAGGCUAGUGAGAAGGAACAUGCCUCUGCCUACGAAGAGGAUGACGACGAUGAGCGUCGCGGCAGCAUGGGUGGCGGAGGCGGAAACGUCCAGUGCGCGCAGCAAUAAACUGCGCUGCGCAAUUUCCAUCUUCAUCUUAUAACAUGUUGAGUCGUUCUUAAAAUGAUUGUUCAGUCUCUACUUCGGAGCUCUUUGUAUAUGCCUCCUGAAUCUUGUUCAUAAAAGUCAUACGAUUUGCUAUAACUAAAACACUGCAAAAAUAUAUAAGCGACAACUCAAUGCCACGACUACUUUUAACUAGUUCUGGUUACAAGAACGAGUAACCACAGCCUGCAAGAGGAUUCAUAACAAAACUCCCGAACUCCCUCUCCCGCCUCACCGAUUUAUCCUAGCAUCGAGGAUGAUAAUAUCCUAAAACAAGCUAUGAUAGAAUUGUUAGUUGCAUUAACAAAAGCUUAGUGUGAAGAUCCUGUCAACAGUGAUUCUCUGAUAGUUUUUUAUGGGGUGCCGGUGGACUAAAUCUUCAAUAACUGGAGAAAAGGAGUCAGGGAAUGGUUGAUCGAAGAAUCUUGCUGUCGUAUUGUGCUUGUGCUGCGUCGUUGCGUAGCUGUGUGCUGCCCAUGGCCUAAUAUUCCUUCUUAAUGAUUUCUUCUAAGCUCCUUGUCCUAGUAUCCGAUUGAUAAAGUACAAAUAUGCAUUCAUUAAAGCUAAAGCACGCGAAGUUUCUUUUUAGAAGUAGACUGACCUGUCUCCGACUUGCUGGCUUGAGGCUGCAUACCCGAUUCGUAAAUAUGCAGCCUCGGGUUUGAGGUUGACUGUGUCAAUGAUUUCUCAGCAAAGUUUAUCCGUAGAAGGACGGGAAGAAAGCGCGUGUCAUUUCAUCACACACAUGUUUUACAAAUAACAAGAAGCUAAAGUUGUUGCAUACCUAGUUUUUUUUCCUGUUCGUUGCAUUUAUAGACUUAAUUCUUCUCGGUAGAUAAAGUUACUUUGAAAUAAGCAAAUCCACUCGUGAACCUUCGAUUGUUUGAAUACGACUAGAUUUAGAAGACUAAACGAACCUAGGAGAAGAACUAGGUUUGUUGUUGUCCUCAUAUGUUGAUCUCUUUUGAUGUCCUCCCAAUUAGAACUGCUAGAAAUCAAAAAAAAAUGUUCUCAGAGCGCAUUCCUAUAUCAAGACAAAAAUGCAUUCUAAAUGUUGAUGAGUACUAUCAAUCUUCCGGCGUCCUCUCGUCCUUCUAGGGUUGAAUAUAGAGCUUGUGGUUCUUCGAAAGCGACACGACAGCCAAUGAUUGUAGCAGUCCCCAUAGGUUAUUUACCUCUGACAUGUUGACGACGUAAGUAGAACAAUAUUUAAAUUUUAACGGCUUAGUUAGCUAAAUCUUAAUCUUAUAUCCUUACCUAGAAGUCAGUGCUUAGACUUAAACAGCGGCUUUCGGAAACUUGUUUCGGAUUCUUCGUUGUGGUAGCCUUGUUGUCGAUGCUUGGAGAUCACGACGACUAAAAACAUCAUCUUUUCCCAAGAUCGUUCUAGGGCCCCUCAUUAGGAAGGGCUAUAUUCGGUCAUGGAAAAACCGCCAACAACAGCUUUUCCAAAAAUUAACAAUUUUCGGAAACUGGAACCUGCUGGAGCUGCGGCUACUCUAACGGGGAAGAGGAGGAGUUAAGAAGAACGUGUGUAUGUGGUGGCCGUAGUGUUAU